GGGCACGUCAGAGCGAGGUGGUGCGCAGAGCUGGUCGCGUGAGGUGUGGCGGCUCCGCUGCAAGUGCGACUGGUGGCGUCGGCCUCGUCUGAGAGCAGAGAAGAGCCCGUGCGAUUCUCUGAGCUUUGAGCGCGGUCACCAUGGACCGCCCGGAUGAGGGGCCUCCGGCCAAGACCCCGCGCCUGAGCAUCUCGGAAUCCUGCCUGCCGCCCCCGCCACCCCCGCCGCUCCUGCGACUGCCGCUGCCUCCACCCCAGCAGCGUCCGAGACCCCUGGAAGAAACCGAGGCUGCACAGGUGCUGGCUGACAUGAGGGGGGUGGGCCCCACGCUGCCCCCACCACUGCCCUAUGUCAUUCUCGAGGAGGGAGGGAUCCGCGCGUAUUUCACCCUGGAUACUGAGAGUCCCGGCUGGGAUCCUGCAGUGGAAUCAGGAUUCGGGGAGCCCCCUCCCACAGGGAUCAUGCAAACACUCCCCUCCUCAGAAACCGCGGGGGGAAGCGUGGAAAUUGACUUUCAGGUUGCAGAGCCCAGCAGCCUUGCUGGAGAGAAGGCCCUAGAAACCUGUAGCUUAGGGGGGUGGGGGCCCCAGAUGUUAGUAGGUCCAAAGAGGAAGGAAGAGGCUAUCAUCAUAGUGGAAGAUGAGGAUGAGGAUGAAAAGGAAAGUAUGAGGAGGCGGCUGCGAUGGCGCAGGAGGAGGAGGAGGAAGCAGAGGAUGAUGAAGGAGAGCCGAGAGAGGAGUGCCCAGAGGAUGGAAAGCAUACUGCGGGCCCUGGAGAGCAUUCAGAUGGACCUGGAGGCGGUGAACAUCAAGGCAGGCAAGGCCUUCCUGCGUCUCAAGCGCAAAUUCAUCCAGAUGCGAAGACCCUUUUUGGAGCGCAGAGACCUCAUCAUCCAGCACAUUCCAGGCUUCUGGGUCAAAGCAUUCCUCAACCACCCCAAAAUUUCAAUCUUGAUCAACCAACGUGAUGAAGACAUUUUCCGCUACUUGACCAAUCUUCAGGUACAGGAUCUCAGACAUAUCUCCAUGGGCUACAAGAUGAAGCUGUACUUCCAGACCAACCCAUACUUUACAAACAUGGUGAUCGUCAAGGAGUUCCAGCGCAAUCGCUCAGGCCGGCUGGUCUCUCAUUCUACCCCAAUACGUUGGCACCGAGGCCAGGAACCCCGGGCCUAUCAUCGCAGGAGCUAUGACACCAGACAAAGCUUCUUCAACUGGUUUUCCAACCACAGCCUCCCUGAAGCUGACAGAAUUGCUGAGAUUAUCAAGAAUGACCUAUGGGUUAACCCAGUACGCUACUACAUGAGAGGAACUGGCUACAGGAGCAGCAGAAAGAAGUAUGAAAGAAGGCACAGGCGAUUCAGGAAUGCAUAUGAAAUGGUGAUCAUGGAAGACAUUCAUCACCCUUUUGCCACUGAAGGCAUUCUCAGUGAAAUCUCAGAAAUUGAUGAGAUCACUGACAGUGAGCCCAUUCAUGAUGUCAAGAUCUCUGACUUCAUGGAGACCACCGACUACUUUGAGACCACUGAUAAUGAGACCCUGUGUGACAGCGAGAACCCUGACCGUAAUGAGGGCCCCAAGAAUAAGAUCUUUUACAACAAAGAGAGCAAUGCUGCAAGUACAGACGACAGCAGUGAGGCCCCAGAAGAAAAGAGCACCUAUGACAGUGAGAAAGCUGACAACCACAGCCUAGGUGACUAUCAGCAGGGUACUAAUAUCCAGGAGAGCAGUGAUAGUGACAAUGGAGAUGAGGGCAGUGAUGAUGAAGAUAAUGAUGGUAAUGAAGGUGACAGUGAGGGCAGUGAUGAUGAUGGCAAUGAGGGUGACAACGAGGGCAGUGAUGAUGAUGACAGGGACAUUAAGUACUAUAAGAACGGCGCUGAAGUCUUUGAUAAGACUCUGGAGAACAGCACCAACCAGGAUGUCUAUGAGGAGGAGGUCGAAAUCAUCUCUGAAGAAUCAAUGCAGGAAGAAGAGGAGGAGGCCCCUGAGGAAGGUGUGCUAAGCGAGGCCAGCUACGAAGAGGAGCAAGUCUUUGAGGAAGAAGGAAGUGAACCGAACUCCGAAGAUUCUGAUGUCCAGGAGGUGUUGCCGGUCCCAAACGCUUGGACCAGCCUGGGGAACAAGGAGAAAAUGGGAUAAACGUCUUACCCUUUGGGGGCUCUCUCUAUAUACCCCUAUACCCUAUCCCAUUUGCCCUCCUCUUCAGCUAGGGCUGUGUGGCCCCACAUUGCACUUCUGGGGGCAGACCGACUUAAUACACGGGUUUAAAGUUUAUUUUUAUGGUUUAGUAAUUGCAGAGUUCUUAUUUGGAGGAGGAAUUACUCUCCCCUUUGGCCCUCCUCCCUGCAGGCUUCUGUGUGCUGCUAAUGUUAUUUAUUGUGAUGCCUUGGUCAGGGCCCCUCUAGCCCCCUUCUAGUGUGAGUGAGCAUAGGCCCAAGCCCGCCCCCCUCUCUCCCCGUGCUGUGUAAACAUCGUGAACACAUCGUGUAAGUGAGGAGGGCCGCCGUGACCUUCGUCACAACUGCGCAGUGGCCUCGAGACUCUGCUGCCGCCCCCUUCUCCGAAUUCUUUCCUACCGCUUUCUUCCCUUUACCGGCCCUGACCACUAGCCCGCCUCAGUGUCUUUGCAAGGCAGCUUCGCCUUCGUGAUAUUCCUGCUCCCCAGAAGUUCCGCCCCUUUCCCCGUGACCCUUGACGAUCCUAAUAAAACUGAGCAAAUUCAAAGUG